CAAGUGAACGCAACCCCUUUUGUGCGAUGGUCGAAGUCACAAUGAAGACCUUGUGAAUUUGUCUGUACUAAAAUUAAAAUAACAACAUUAAAAAGUAAUUGGAAGUUAGAAAUUGAUUACUGAAAACAUCAAUGAUUUCCAAAGCUGCAGUAGGCAUCGCUGCCGGAAUUGCCGGCAGUAUAUUUAUAGGGUACUGCUUUUACUUCGAUCAAAAACGGCGAGGCGAUCCAGACUUCAAAAAGAAAUUACGCGACCGGAGGAGAGCAAAGAAACAAGCUCAGAAGGCUGGAACAAAAAUACCGGAUCUGAACGAUCAUCAAGCGAUGCAGAGGUUUUUCUUCCAAGAGGUUCAGUUGGGCGAAGAGAUGCUAGCGGGUGGCGACCUCGACGGAGGUGUCGAGCAUUUGGCAAAUGCAGUCACAGUUUGCGGACAGCCUAAUCAGCUCUUGCAAGUUCUACAGCAAACACUUCCGCCACAAGUUUUCCACCUUCUACUACAAAGACUUCCGUCAGUUGGCCAGAAAAUCGGAUCUCAGACAGCGAUGGCAGAAGAAGAUGUUGAAUAGCAAAGCAGAUAAUAAUCACGUUGGUUAUUCCUAA